UUGGGGUGGGGCUUGGAGGGGGUGUGGCCUCUGCCUCUUCCUCCUCGAGCGGCUUCCUGUCUGCCCGGGCUUGGAGCUGCUCUGCUCGCCAUAUUGUUUGCUUUCCAGUCAGCGGAUCACGAAGUGAAACCCGAACCCGGGGACACAGAGCCCGAGUCCCGCCUCACCUCUCGUUGAGGAGGCCACCGAGGCCCCGGGGCGCAGGCGGAGGCCGGCAGCACCCAGCCCGCCCUGAUCGCCGCUGGAAAGCGCCGGUCCCCGGCCCUGGGGUGACGUCGGAAUCGACCUCGAGGUCCCUGGGGGACCCAGUGCCCGGAGCACAGUGCGCACGCGGUCUCCAUUGUGAUCCGCCUCUUUGCUGGCCUGCUGCCAACUCCCUGCCUCCAUCAGGGACCCUGACCCUCUUAUCCGCUGUGAUCAGAUCUGUGGUCAGGAUGAGUUCCUCACCCUCGGAAGAAACAAGUGCCUGGAGUUCCCUUCAGGCUGAUGAGCCCAAUGACUCCAUCUACCGGUUUGUCUACACCUGCACUGAGUGCAAGGAACAAGUGGACACACACUGGCGCUGUACAGUCUGCCAGGAGUAUAUCCUGUGUGUCUCCUGCUAUCCCACUAAGAACCAUGACCACCCAAUGGAGAAACUGGGUCUUGGCUUGGAUGAUGAGAGCAGCAAGCAGCAGAUUGGGGCUGCCCAGAACCCAGGAGAAUCUUGCUGCCUGAGCAUCCAGCGCAACAUCCAAUCCCUGCUCCAUGCCUGCCAGUGCCGCAAUGCCAACUGCUCCCUGCCUUCCUGCAAGAAGAUGAAGCGGGUCAUCCAGCACACCAAGGGCUGCAAACGGAAGAACAGUGCUGGAUGUGCUGUCUGCAAGCAGCUUGUUGCUCUCUGCUGGUACCAUGCCAGGAACUGCCCAGAAGACGACAGGUGCUUUGUGCCCUACUGCUUCACCAUCAAGCAGAAGCUCCAGCAACCACAGCUGCAGCUCCGGAUCCAACAAGCCCUGAUGCUGCGCAGGAUGACGGCCAGCACCGAUCCAGACCCUCUGGUCCCCUGCGAUCUCAAUGAUGCUCAGGAUGCGGGGACAAGUGCCCGGAGCUCUUUUCAUUCCGAGCCCAGUGGCCCACCCCCUGUAUUGCGGAGGAGCACCACCCGCAAUGUCCCCUACAUCUGCAGUGAGUGCAGGCAGGAAGUGGAGACACGCUGGCGCUGCACUGUCUGCCAGGAAUAUGUCUUGUGUGUCCCCUGCUAUUACACUAAAAAUCAUGACCACAAGAUGGAGAAAGUAGGUCCUGGCAUAGAUGGUGAAAGCAGCAACCAGCAGGGUGCAGCCAUCCAGAACCCUCGAGAUAUUCACCGCCAAAGGAUCCAGCGAAGCAUCCAAUCCCUGAUCCAUGCCCGCCAGUGCCGCGAUUCCACCUGCUCCAUGCCAACCUGCAAGAAGAUGAAGCGAGUUGUAGAACAUACCAAGAACUGCAGGCGAAAGGCAAUUGGUGGGUGCCCUGUCUGUAGGCAGCUCAUUGCCCUCUGCUGCUACCAUGCCAAGCGUUGCCAAGAGAACAACUGCCCCGUGCCGUUCUGCUUCAGAAUCAAGCAAAAGCUCCGGCAACAGCGGCUGCAACGCCAGCGGUCUAGGAUGGUGCGCAGGAGGAUGGCCAGCAUGUAGCUUACCCAUAUAGUGGAGUAGCAACAGGGCCUGCCCUCCCCCACCUCUGGCACUCCAACCUUGCCAACCACACAACAGCUAACAACCCUGCAGACACCCCAGCUCACCCCUUUCAGAAACAGCCCUGGUGACACUCCAACCUCUGUACCGAUUGCUUGGCCGCCCCUGCUAGGGCCCCCAUCUACAACAGUAGAAAUGGCAAUGUAGAUUCAGAAGCUGAGACACUGUAAAUUGUUCAAAGGCCAGCCCAGCACCAAAUGCCCCAAAUGAUUCCCGUGACCCAACCUUCCAUGACCAGAGGUCCCAGUGGGCAUCUGGAACCAGGGAUGGGGCCCACAGCAAUGCAAAAGCAACCCCCUGGGCCCAAGGAGGACUGCCCCAGCCUCAGCAACUCCAGUCCAGGCUGCCAAGGUCAGUCAUGGUGUCUGUGGCCCAAUACAGGCAGCCCUUGAACAUGGCUCCACAGCCAGGAUCGGGCCAGGUAGGUGUGAACCCACUCAAACCAGGCACUGUGUCUCAACAAGCCUUACAAAACCUGUGGACUCGGGCCUCCCAGCUGUCCCCUACAGCAGCAACCCUUGUGCCCACCCCAAGCUGUUGGCUACAUUCCUGAAACAGUGGGAUCCACAUAUGCCAACUCUAACCCAGCCUCUCACUGGGCACCCUGGCAUGGCCCCAGGGACAGCCCGGGCUGCAGCCACCAGCCAUGCCAGGGCACAGGGCGUCCAGUCCAGCCAUGCAGAACAUGAAUCCUGUGCAGGCAGGCAUGCAGAGGCCUGGCCUGGCUCAGCAGCAACUCCAGCACCCAUGAGGGAUGAGCCUCCAGGCCCUUCCAAUGAACAUGAAUCAUAGUCACGUGUCUUCCCAGUUCUGGGACAUAAUUGAGACAACAGCAGAUGAUGUGACAGCAGCAGCAGACAUAGCAUCACAUGCAGCAGUUGCAAUAAGGAAAUGUGGGAUAGCUGGGACAUCUGCCCCAGGCCUUGGGAAUGGAGGCAAGAGCCAGUCUGCUGGCCUGUCAGCAGUGACUCCUCCAGCACCAGAUGGAGUCCCCUCAGCCCAGCCCUGUGACCCCUCAGCCGCACAUGCUCCCAAGCCAGGCCGAGUCCCCGCACCUCCAAGUUGAUCCCCAGUUCUCAUCAAGUGUGUUCCCCUCCUGCUCAUCCCUUCUCGUGGCCACAGUUCCAGAUGCCCUCUUCUCCAUCUUGUCCCCAACCCUGAGGACAUAACUCCAGCCUUCUCCGCACCAUGUUUCCCCACAGACCAGGUCCCCAUAUCCUGGUUUGGCUACUCCCCAGGCCGCCAACCCCAUGGAACAAGGGCAUUUAGCCAGACCAGACCAGACUCCGAUGCUCUCAGCUUGCUAGCCAUCCACCCAUGGCAGACCUCCAUGGUGCAAGCACCAUGGACCUGGGACUCAGCACUGAUAGCUCAGAUUGAAUUGAGAUCGCUCACAAAAUAUACCAGACACCUGGUAGUAUUUUGGGAGCAGAAAAAAAUAUUUUCUCUUAAGACUUUUUGAACUGAAUGCAGUUUUUUGGAAUCUUUCUUAGCCUAUGAAACAGUUUUUCCUUAGAAUACCUAAGAACUGCAGUAGUCAUUUGUGGAGGUUGUUUUUGAUUUGUUCUCAUUUCAUUUGCAGUAUUGGGGGAUGAACCCAGGGCCUUUGCACUGAGCUACAUCCCGAGCCUAGUUAUGUUUUGUAGCCAGGUCUCAGUCACUGAGAAGUUGCCCAAGCUGGGCUCGAACUCAUGAUUGUCCUCCCUCGGCCUCCCAGAGUGCUGGGAUUCAGGCAUGCCACUAUGCCCAGUGCCAUUUGCGGUUUAAAGCAAAUACGCCAGGUGAGCCUGAGGGAUGAUAGAAUACUAGGAAUUUAUUUUUGUUCUGGCUGCUUCCCCAGCCGUUUUCCCCCCCGUACGUACGUAUGUACGUACGUGUGUGUGUGUAUGUGUGUGUAUGUGUGUGUGUGGUGUGCCCUGGGAGGAGGCUGAAGUCUGAAGCCCCCAUAUGCUCCUGCCUUGCACCUCCAGUAGGUUUUCCUAGUUUUUUUUAAUUAAGGAGAAUAUGUAAUAUCAAUAGUAAUUAUUUACUGGUUCAGAAGGUGGAAACUUUUGCUUAUUUUUUUCAUUUUAUGGAAGAAUUUUUUAAAAUUCUAAAACCAAAGUUCAGCAGGGGUUAAUGUUACUUAAAAAUAUAUAUUCCACAUACAUAAUCAUUAAAAUGGCAGUUUCUCCCUCUGAGUGCUAAAAUACUCAUUUUUAAAAAAAUUUUUGGUGUGAUGGUCAGAGGAAAAAAAUUUCCCCUUUCCUCCCCAAGUCAAUUUUUGUGCUCCAGGAAAUUUUCUAUAUGUCUGAACGUAAAACUUCCAAGUAUUAAAAUUAUUUGUGCAUGUAGAGAGGAAAAUUACUUUUUAAAAAUAGAAGCAACUGCCAAAUUGAUGUAUUAUAAGUCGUGGUUUCUUAAACAUUUUGUUAUACAGGAAAAAAAUGAAAAAGUCAUCCAAAGGGAUGAUUCCAAUGUGUAGUCUCCCUGGGGUUUCUUGUUUCCCUUCCUCCUCCUGCCCCCAACCCCAAACACAGUAUCUCGCUUUCUGUAAAACUUGAAAAUAGCAAAAGCUGUCAACUGUUGUAAAUCUUGCAAUUAAAGUUGAUUACUUAUAGAUAAUAAGCUUUGGAUUGCUGUAUAGCCUGUCCAGUUUGAUUUCUUAUUACCGGUUGUGAAUAAACUGUGUGAGACACA